AUGGCUUCUGAGAGUAGUGAAGAGAGAUUCAAGAGUGAGCUGUUCAGAUGUUAUGAAGAAAGCAAGGAAUAUCUUAUCCCGAAGGCUAAGGACUAUAGAAGGAUAGACAGCAUUAAAUCUUCAUCAGCAUUAGGUGUUUUUAUCCGUAAUGUCAGAAAGUCGGACGUUAGUGUUAUUCUCUGGCAGACGUUUGACGUCAUCAAACGCGCUCAUAUUGCAACAGAACAUGGUGGGCGUGACCGCAUGAUUAAGGAGUUACAACGAAAAUAUGCCAACAUCACAACAAAGGCCUUGGAGCUCUUCAGAUCGCUGUCUGAGGAAUGUCAGAAGAAAAGGAAAAGACCAAUGACCAACGGCGUUGUGGUGCGUCCUAUCCUCAGCAAGGACUUUGCAUCUAAGGACCAGGUUGAUUUGAUUGACAUGCAAUCAAUGCCACACUCUAAAUGGAUCAUGGUAUACCAAGACCAUCUCACCAAAUUCUACAUUCUUCGUCCUCUUCAAACCAAACGUGCUACAGAAGUUGCCUUCCAGCUUGUAGAUAUCUUCCUUCUCAUGAGUGCCCCUGCUGGUCUUCAGAGUGAUGAGGGCUCGGAGUUCACAUCUAGGGUGAUUACUAAGCUAAAAGAAAUGCGGCCAAGUCUCACCAUGGUUCAUGGGAAGCCCCGUCACCCACAAAGUCAGGGGUCUGUGGAACGUGCGAAUGGUGACAUUAAGGAUAUGUUACUUACCUGGUUUGCAGGCAAUCAUUCACAAGACUGGUCAGUUGGCAUGAAGUUUGUUCAGUGUCAGAAAAAUGCUGCUCGCCAUUCAGGGAUAAAGUGCUCUCCAUACUCUGCUAUGUUUGGUUGUGAAGCCAGACAACGGCACUCAAGGACUGCCAAGUCCUUAACCGACUGGGGAGCCAGCCGGCUCCCCCGUAGAACUCCAACUACAGUCUCCAACACCCAGCCAUACCCUAGUGGGCUUUUGGCCCUGAGGAGCAUAGAGCCACCUCUUCGCCAUUAUUGCUCCCAGGUCCACUUCGAUCCAGACUGGAAAAAGGUAGAGGGGUCUCUUUAG